UAUUAUUAUUAUUAAUGGAGCUCCUCAUCAACUUGUUCUGUUUCUUACUACUACUCUUCCUUGCGUUGGUAGCUAGAGAGCAGAACAAGUGGAGAGGUAAAAAAUUGCCGCCCGGACCGUGGAGGUUGCCUUUCCUGGGAAGCAUGCACCACCUAUACGGUGGUGCAGCAUCGUCUCCGCUCCGUCGAUUAAGGGACUUAGCCCAGAAAUAUGGUCCCCUCAUGCACGUCCAAUUAGGCCAAGUUUGUGCGGUGGUGGUGUCGUCUCCGGACAUGGCCAAAUCUGUGCUAAAGACCCACGACCUCGCGUUUGCUUCCCGCCCCAAAAUGUUGCUCGCCGACAUUGUGUCCUAUAACAGCUCUGACAUCGUCUUCUGUCCUUACGGAGAUUAUUGGAGACAAAUGCGCAAAAUAUGUGUGGUUGAAGUUCUUAGCACUAGAAAUGUUCAGGGUUUCAGCACCAUUAGGCGCCAGGAGGUAUCCCGGCUCUUAGACUUUAUUCGGUUGUCCGGCGGGCGGCCGGUGAAUCUCACGGAAAAGGUGUUCCAGUUCACGAGCUCGAUGACGUGCCGGUCGGCGUUCGGGUGUGUGUUCAAGGAGCAGGACGAGUUCAUCGCCCUCAUAAAGGAGGUGUUGAUCUUGUUGGGAGGGUUCGACGUGGCCGACAUUUUUCCCUCUCUCAAAUUCCUCCACGGCCUCAGCGGAAUGAAGCGCAAAAUCUUGAGAGUGCACAACAGGAUUGACGCUAUCGUGGAAAACGUCAUCGGCGAUCAUAGGCGGCAGAAGAAGACUUUGACGGCCGGAAAGAAGGUGGACACCGGUGGUAGCGAGGAUUUGAUCGACGUUCUGCUCAGGAUGAUGGAUACCCAUGACGGCUUUCAGUUCCCCAUCACCAUCCAAAACGUUAAGGCUAUUGUGUUUGAUUUAUUUACUGCUGGAACAGAGACUUCAUCCACUACAGUGGUGUGGGCAAUGGUAGAAAUGUUGAGAAAUCCUAGCAUACUAGCCAAGGCUCAAGCUGAAGUUAGACAGGCUUUUAAAGGCGAUUUCAACGAAGAAGACGUGGAGGAUCUUAAAUACCUGAAACUUGUGAUCAAAGAAACUCUCCGUCUCCAUCCCCCUUCGCCACUCUUAAUCCCUCGAGAAUGCCGGGAGGAAACCGAGAUCAACGGCUACAAAAUCCCACCCAAAACCUGGGUUUUGGUCAACGUGUGGUCCAUAAGUAGGGAUCCUGCCUACUGGGACCAUGCUGAGAGCUUUUUACCUGAGAGAUUUGAGAAUAGUUCCAUCGAUUUCUCGGGGAAUAACUUCGAGUUCCUCCCGUUUGGGGGCGGGAGGAGGAUAUGUCCCGGGAUGUCGUUUGGUUUGGCAAACGUUAUUCUUCCGUUAGCCAAAUUGCUAUUCCAUUUUGAUUGGGAACUCCCUCAAGAACCUCAGUAUUCUAAAGGUUUGGACUUAACUGAAUCCUCAGGAAUCACUGCUGGAAAGAAGGAUGACCUUUACUUGGUGGCAACGCCAUACAACCCAAUGAUAUGAUAAUAAAUGUCAGCUCACUUUCAAUUUGAUUUUAAUUAUAUUACUCAAUAGGAUAUAUUUACCAAAGGAAUUUCUGCAAAUCCGCUUUGAACAAAUUUGUUUCUUAUUGAUCAAAAAAAAAAUUCAGAUUAAAAUAUUGUUGUACAAAAAGUGACAUUAUUAUUCUAUGUACUACCACCGUUGGAGCUAGGAGUGUUCAUUCUUGCACCUCUCUUGUUGGUUCAGAAGGGUUGGGAAAUAAGUUUAGAAGGAUGUGAAUAGACUUGCUGGAUUUUAAAAAAUUUUAACGAUUCGUUCAAGUAAUUCAAAAAGUAGUUACUUAAAUGAUUCA